AUGAAGCUUCUAUCCAUUCUGCUCGGGCUGGCAGGUCUUGCUGCUGCGAGUCCCAUGGGACUUGCUGAACGUCAACUUUCCGAUGGCAACGAACUGCGCGAGGGUUCUUGCAAGCCCAUUAUCUUCAUCUUUGCCCGAGCAUCUACUGAGCCUGGCCUGCUCGGUAUCUCCACUGGUCCUGCUGUGUGCAACGAUCUCAAGAUGGCCAAAGCUGGCCAGGUCCUCUGCCAGGGCGUGGGGCCCGCAUAUACGGCUGAUCUCAUGUCGAAUGCACUUCCUGACAACACUUCCCCGGCUGCCAUCAGCGAGGCGGAGAGUCUCUUCAAGCUGGCUGCUUCGAAGUGCCCUAACAGCCAGAUCCUGGCUGGUGGGUAUAGUCAAGGAACAGCCGUGAUGGACGACUCCAUCAAGCAGCUUUCUGACGACGUCAAGGACAAGAUCAAGGGCGUUGUUCUGUUUGGCUACACUCGCAAUGCCCAGGAGGGAGGUCAAAUCGGCAACUUCCCCAAGGACAAGGUCAAGAUCUACUGUGCCAUGGGUGAUCUUGUCUGCGAUGGUACCCUCAUCGUCACCGCCGCGCAUUUCACCUACGUCAUGAACACGGGUGAAGCUUCUCAGUGGCUGGAGUCUAAGCUCAGCGACACCACCACUUCUUCGUUGACUGAUUCGUCUUCAUCUGGUACCUCUUCGAGCACCUCGACCGGUGAUUCCUCUUCGGAGUCCUCAUCCGCAACAGGACUGGGUGGACUGAGUGGUCUAUCUGGCCUGGGCUCGUCUACGUCUGGCGGUUUCCCUUCUCUGGCGUCGCUUUUCUAA